CCUAUGGCAAGGUUUAUUCAGUGUUUGCCUGGAUUUGGCUAGCAGAAGGUGCUGGUUUCUACUUCUGGUGAAGAUCAGCCACUGGCUGAGGGUCCAGCCAGAGAACAAACGGAUUCGCUAGAGCCAAAUUGCCACUGUCUCCUUGAAUGUACCCGGCUUGCUGCUGUGUCCUGCCUGCUUAAUGAUAGCCUGAACUGAAUCCAAGCUUGGCCUCCUUUUGGACACUGUGAUUUGGCUAACUUCAAUAAAGAAGUUAGUUUUACUAUUUCUCAUAUUUUCUUCUGGGAUUCGGCAUCCCCUUCAACCUCGUCUUUCUGCGUGGGGGUUUCGUUGGCUGCUUCCAGCCACGUACCGAUACAGAAGAAGCUGCGUUUUGAAGACACCCUGGAGUUUGUAGGGUUUGAUGCGAAGAUGGCUGAGGAAUCCUCCUCUUCCUCCUCCUCAUCUUCACCAACUGCUGCAACAUCUCAGCAGCAGCAACUUAAAAAUAAGAGUAUACUAAUCUCUUCUGUGGCUUCGGUGCAUCACGCAAACGGCCUGGCUAAAUCUUCUACCACCGUCUCUAGCUUUGCUAACAGCAAGCCUGGCUCUGCUAAGAAGUUAGUGAUCAAGAACUUUAAAGAUAAGCCUAAAUUACCAGAAAACUACACAGAUGAAACAUGGCAAAAACUGAAGGAAGCAGUGGAAGCUAUCCAGAAUAGUACUUCAAUUAAGUACAAUUUAGAAGAACUCUAUCAGGCUGUAGAAAAUCUCUGUUCUUACAAGAUUUCUGCAAAUUUGUACAAACAGCUGAGACAGAUUUGUGAAGAUCACAUCAAAGCACAAAUUCAUCAGUUCAGAGAGGAUUCAUUGGAUAGUGUUCUUUUUCUGAAGAAGAUUGAUAGAUGCUGGCAGAACCACUGUAGACAAAUGAUCAUGAUCAGGAGCAUUUUUUUGUUUCUGGAUAGAACUUACGUUCUUCAGAAUUCAAUGCUACCCUCCAUUUGGGACAUGGGACUGGAAUUAUUUAGGGCCCACAUUAUAAGUGAUCAGAAAGUCCAAAAUAAGACCAUUGAUGGCAUUCUUCUGUUGAUUGAGAGGGAAAGGAAUGGUGAAGCAAUUGAUAGGAGUUUACUCCGAAGCCUCUUAAGCAUGCUAUCUGAUUUGCAAAUUUAUCAGGAUUCUUUUGAACAACGAUUUUUGGAAGAAACUAACCGGCUUUAUGCAGCCGAAGGCCAAAAAUUAAUGCAGGAAAGAGAGGUUCCUGAAUAUCUUCAUCAUGUUAACAAACGUCUAGAAGAAGAAGCAGACAGACUUAUUACUUACUUAGAUCAGACCACCCAGAAGUCAUUAAUUGCUACUGUAGAAAAACAACUUCUAGGUGAACACUUAACAGCAAUUCUUCAGAAAGGUUUAAAUAACCUUCUUGAUGAAAACCGAAUUCAAGAUUUAUCUCUUCUGUAUCAGCUCUUCAGUAGAGUUCGAGGUGGAGUUCAGGUUCUCCUGCAACAGUGGAUAGAGUACAUUAAGGCAUUUGGCAGCACUAUUGUAAUUAAUCCUGAAAAAGAUAAAACCAUGGUUCAGGAAUUGCUGGAUUUUAAAGAUAAGGUUGACCAUAUAAUAGAUAUCUGUUUUCUGAAGAAUGAAAAAUUUAUCAACGCCAUGAAAGAAGCAUUUGAAACAUUCAUUAACAAGAGACCAAACAAACCUGCUGAACUUAUAGCUAAAUACGUAGAUUCAAAACUUCGUGCUGGCAACAAAGAAGCUACGGAUGAAGAACUUGAAAAAAUGUUGGAUAAAAUUAUGAUCAUAUUUAGAUUUAUCUAUGGCAAGGAUGUUUUUGAGGCCUUCUAUAAGAAAGAUUUAGCCAAACGUCUGUUAGUUGGGAAGAGUGCAUCUGUAGAUGCUGAAAAAUCAAUGCUGUCCAAACUUAAACAUGAAUGUGGAGCUGCUUUCACCAGCAAACUUGAAGGAAUGUUUAAAGACAUGGAACUUUCUAAAGACAUCAUGAUUCAGUUCAAACAGGUCAUCCCCUGCAAACAGGCAGUGGAGCAAGUGAAAAACCGGAGACUUGGGCUGGCUGGUGGGUAUAUGCAGAACCAGAAUGUACCUGGGAAUAUUGAAUUAACUGUGAAUAUCCUGACAAUGGGUUACUGGCCAACAUAUGUGCCUAUGGAAGUGCAUUUACCACCAGAGAUGGUAAAACUUCAGGAGAUUUUUAAGACAUUUUACCUAGGCAAACAUAGUGGCAGGAAACUUCAGUGGCAGUCAACCCUAGGACACUGUGUGCUAAAGGCUGAAUUUAAAGAAGGUAAAAAAGAACUCCAGGUCUCUCUUUUUCAAACACUGGUGCUGCUAAUGUUUAAUGAAGGAGAGGAGUUCAGUUUAGAAGAGAUCAAGCAGGCUACUGGAAUAGAGGAUGGCGAGUUAAGGAGAACACUGCAGUCUUUGGCCUGUGGCAAAGCUAGAGUUCUGGCAAAAAAUCCAAAGGGCAAAGAUAUUGAAGAUGGUGACAAGUUCAUUUGUAAUGAUGAUUUCAAACACAAACUCUUCAGGAUAAAGAUCAAUCAAAUUCAGAUGAAAGAAACGGUUGAGGAACAAGCAAGCACUACAGAAAGAGUAUUUCAAGACAGACAGUAUCAAAUUGAUGCUGCAAUUGUUCGAAUAAUGAAGAUGAGGAAGACACUUAGCCACAAUCUCCUGGUUUCAGAAGUGUACAACCAGUUGAAAUUCCCAGUAAAGCCUGCUGAUCUUAAGAAGAGAAUAGAAUCCUUAAUUGACCGGGACUACAUGGAGAGAGAUAAAGAAAAUCCAAAUCAGUACAACUACAUUGCAUAAAAUUCUGGCCUUGGAGCAUUUUGUGUCUCAUGCUGUAGCCAGUGGAUAAACCUAACUUGUUGAUCCUGUAUUGUUUGACUUCUUUUAUACUACCAAUGACCAAAUGAAGCAGUGUAAUGGAAAUAGUUGAGUGGACAUUUUCAGUGGUUAACAUGCCCAUUAAAAGAGUAAUACUUAAAAGAAGAAUGUUGUCGAACUCUUUGCAUGUUAUUUAGUAUGAUGUGCAGAAAACUCUUAAGAAAGUACUCGGUCUUCAUGAUUCCUCUUUGGAACUGGGGAAGAGGUCCCUAUGGCUAUUAAAAACAUGGGAUUCUUAUACACCAUUAAUUAUGAAGCAAAGGUUUAUUUGCUUAAAAUGUCAUUUAAAGAUACUUAAACUGCAUGCAAGCUUUAUUUACUGUACAGAGUUCUGGAUGUAUUUAUCAAAUAGAAAAACCACCCUGGACUUGGCUGUUCACCUGUUUUGUGAUUUCCCUUGAAAAGAAAAAUAAGUUGUCAUAGCUAUUGAUAUUUUACUAAGUAAUGUUCUGUUACACUCAAAGGGAUGUUUUGAAAAAAUUUAUUUGAAAACAAGUUUUCAAGUAGAGGGCCAGUUGUUUAUAUAAUCUCUUGUAUAUACACAUCCUCAAAUGCUCCAUUUAUGGUUAUGGGAUGUGUGUAUACGACUUAGCCCUGAGUUUACUGUGCUGAUUAACAGGUACUUAUAAAAAUAGCUGAAAUAGAAAAUUGCUGAUCAUUUGUACUAGAAUGACACAAUAGGAGAGAAAAAUCCAACUCUUUCUUCAUAUUCAUACAAAUGAAUACAACAUAAACAUUGCAAAGGAGACCAAAAUCCACAUAUUUUAUAAGUUUUUACGCAACUAAAAAUUCCAUCAACUCGUUUUCAACUUCCUUUAGACUUUAAUGUUAUUUGAACAGUUUUGUCUUUAACUUGGACCAAUGAUAGAUUGUUACAGGCUAUAGCAUUCCUUUUUUUUUUCCUACCAAAGUUCUUUUGGAAGCACCCCAACUCCUUGUUGGUAAAUAAGCCUUUCCUAUCAUUUUUAUUCUAACUUCCUAAAGCCCUACAUGUAAAGGCCCUCCCUCAUUUUCUCCAUACAUCCCCUAGUUGGAAUUUUGAAUUCUAUGUCAUGUUAAUCUUAAUUCCUUUCAAAAUUGACGAGUUCUCAUAAUUAUCAGACACCUACUUUUCAGGGGUGCUGUUCAGACAUAGAAAAUAGCAAAAGUAUUGUUCUUCCAAGUUGAUAAUGCAAGUAAAAGGCUUCUCUUUACCACCAGUGGGUUUUUUUGUAGGUUUCUUGUUUUGUUUUGUUUUGUUUUCUUAAUUUGUUUUUCCUUAAAGCUUUGAAAUGAGGUGAUCAUGAAGGAAAAGCAGAACAUUGGGUUUUUUUAAAAUCAGAACUGCUUUAAUGCUUUUUGCACCAAUAUAUUUCCUGACUCUUUGGAGCCACGAGGAAGGAUACCGAGAACCUAGCCAGAGACUUGUUUUUUUCUGUCUGCUAUUGAUGUUUUCUUGAGUUCUCAAAGACCCAUAAACAGCUAUUUGAACAAAGUUGUCUGUGUCUAAUUGCACCAACGUGCACACUGUUGUGUAACAAUAUGUGGUAUUUCUAAUGCCUUCCUAAUUUCUUUUGAAUAGCCAUUACCUAUAUAUUCUCAGCUCUUUUGGUUUCCUUAUAUGAGCUCAUCUGACAAGGAAAUGCAACUAUUUUUGUGUGCCUUUCUCCAUACUGGGCCAUCUGCGUCAGUGUUCUAACUCAUCCCUGAUGGUAUCUGAGAUAUGUAGACCAUUCCAGAAGACUUGGUAGUAACUCUUAAAGAAUUUUUAUGUAGAAUUGUUCCUGUUAGAAGGAGACUCUUGGCGUCACCUUCAUCAUCUUCAGAGCUGGUCCCUUCCCUCAGGCUCUUAAUUUUUUGAAAACUUGAUGCUAGUUCAGCUGAAAAAAUUGGUUACAUUAAAAAACAAGUUGAAGGGAGCUGUUCAAGAACUUGAAAGAUAAUUGCAAACAUUGGAUAAUUGUGACUUUUCAGUUAUUCUGUAUCAGAUGAAUUUUUGUGCUCUUUUCCCUGUGUACGUGGUGGUUCUAUUUUUCUCCAAUAAAACUUUUAUUUAAAAAAAGUUUCUAGAGAAGACCUUUAAAAUUCAAAUGUUGAAGAAAGUUGUAAAACCAGAGACCUUAAAGUCUUCUUUCUAGUGAUUUCUUUUGCUGGAUUCAUAUCUAUUUUGUUAUUUUUUAAUAUUGUUUAAUUUUUGUGGUGAUUUAGUAAUAGUGCCAUAAGACUGUAGGAGAGGGGAGAAGGUAUGGUAAAGGGUGAGUAAAAUUCCCAGGAAUCCUCAAGGUGGCUAUAUAUUCUUAAAUUUCAUUUUUAGAAAAGUCAAGUAGAAGUAUAAACACUGUUUCAUUCAAAUCCUCUGAGUCAAAUAGUCAAUAUAUAAAGUUAAUAUUGACUUUACAUAAAGUCAAUAUGAAACUAGUCUAAAUGCACAUUGAGGGGAGAAUAAAAGAUUAAAUACUUUGGUUUUAGUUAUGGCUCUUGAUGGGCCUUUUCUGUUAUGAGUUCUGGGCCAUAUACUCUCACAGUAUUGUGCUCCUUGAGAACUUUACCAAACCAAGAAUCCUUUUUGAACCCAGUUCCUCAGUCUGCUGAAAGGCCUCAACAUGGUGUCUCGCCAUACUCUUGAAAUUAUGAUCUUGAACCUGUGUGUACAUUUUAGGAGAUCAGCUUAUUCUGUUUUGGCAUGUGCUUUUCAAGGAUUUCAGAAGUUGUUUGUUUUUUAAUUUUAGCAUUCAUAAGUUGUUUUUCUUUUUUUACAGUAGCUGGGUUUUUUGUUUGUUUUCAAGACCAUUCUGUUUAAAGCUGUGAAUGUCAAGAGUGUUACAAACAUGUUCUGUUCUCAUCUACAUAAGAUUGCCAAAACAAAUUGCUCAUAAAAAGAAAAGUGCAUUACUAAUGGGAAUUUGGAUAGUUAUGCUUUAUAUGGUAUUCAUGCUAGUGCUUCAGUAAUAUUUUUCAGGUUCCUACAAAAUUUUUGCUUUGUGUAUGAAUGAUGAAGAGAGUUGUUCACCUGGAAACACUUGGUUCAAAUUUAACACUUUGUUCAGUUAUUUUCCUUGAUAUUAAAACGGUUAAUUCAUUUUGAUCAGAUAUAUGAUAUAAUUUUAUAUUUAGCAAUCCUAUGAAUUUUUGUCUAGCAUGGUAAAAAAAUUAAAUCUAACCUUUUUUGUAAAAUCUUUUUUGAUGUAGGAUAUAAAAAGGUGCUACAGAGACACAUUAGAACUUAAUAGGUUUGCAAACUAUGAAAACAUCCUCAUACCCUCUAAUUCUUGUAAUA